UUUCUCUCUCUCUCUCUCGCACCACAGCAUCAUCAACCUCUGGAAAAAUCUCUUCGACACGAGUACACGACCCACGAGCUACUUUUCAGGGGAUUGCUGUGUUUGCAAACGGCUCUCCUCCGGCAACCAAUUGGAAGAGGUGAGCCUCUCUCUCUGAGGUUGCUCUGACAAUUUCUCUCAAGUGAUUGGGUCAUUUAAGGAGAUUAGACACUAAAAGAAAUGAGGGGACGCGUAAGAUGGGAUGAAGCUAACUUGGGAGAAAUUGAGAAAAAUAAACCUGUAAGGCAGAAGAUCACAGAACCUAAGACACCAUACCACCCCAUGAUUGAAGAUGAUGGUUCCCUAUCUCCUAUACGGGGUUUUGAUGAAUGCAUGGGUAAUGCAGAGCAUGCCAAUGCCAUAAGAACUGCCUUGAAUGAUGUAGCUUCAGCAAGUAGAAAUCACUCUAUGCAGUCUGGGGGCUGGACAUCUUCUGAGGAUGAGGCAGAUGCCAUGGAACAAGAUGAUGAAGACUCAGAGACGGACAGGAGUGGUAUGAGUUUUCGGGAGCACAGAAGAGCACAUUAUGAUGAAUACCAUAAGGUGAAAGAAUUGCAUCGGAAGGGAUCUUUUCUAACGAUGAUGAUGAGGAUGGUGAUUAUAAGGUGGAUAAAGAUGCUAGAAAUGGUGCGAAGGAAAUAAAAAUUGAUGGUCAUGAUAAGACUUUGCCACAACAAUAACCUCGACAGGUCAAUGGGGCUUGAGAUGCUAGCCAUCAAAGCUGACU